GGAGGACAGAGGUGGGGGCCUGGGCCAAGAGUCUGGCCACUUGACUUGAUCCUGGUGAGAUCCAGGCAGGGGCCUUGGUAGUGUUCUCAGGCCCACUCCGGGCCUCUCUUCCUCUGACCUGGGGCAUUUGUGUCUUUCCUGGAUCCACUUGACCAUCUGCAGACUGAAGGGUGGUCUUUUCAGCAAACGGAAGAACGGAAGUGAGGUCAGGACCAUGUUCCCGUUUUCAGCACUUCCUGUCCUUCUUCUGUGGGUGGUGACAGCGUCCGGCUCAGGAACAACAGCCUGUGAGGACGCCCAGAAGACCUGUUCCGUGAUCACCUGUGGCAUCCCGGUCACCAACGGCACCCCGGGCAGAGACGGGCGAGAUGGAGCCAAGGGAGAAAAGGGAGAGCCAGGACAAGGGCCCAGAGGCCUGCAGGGCCCUCCAGGGAAGCUGGGACCUCCGGGAAAUACAGGGGUUCCUGGGCCGCCAGGAGCAAAGGGCCAGAAAGGGGAUCGUGGAGACAGUUCAGUUGCUGAGUCUAAGCUGGCGAACUUAGAGCAAGAACUAAGGACCCUGAAAUCAGAACUGGACCACAUCAAAAAGUUGCAAUUCUUCUCCUUGGGCAAAAAGUCUGGGACAAAGGUCUAUGUGACCAACGGUGAAAAGAUGCCUUUUUCCAAAGUGAAGGCUCUGUGUGCUGGGCUCCGGGCCUUCGUGGCCACCCCUAAGAAUGCCGAGGAGAACAAAGCCAUCCAGAAUGUGGCCAAUGGAGUUGCCUUCCUGGGCAUCACAGACGAGAGGACUGAAGGGAAGUUCGAGUACGUGACAGGAGGGAGGCUGGCCUACAGCAACUGGAAGAGCAACGAGCCCAACAACCACGGCUCGGGGGAGGACUGUGUGGUCCUCCUGCAGGAUGGCUUGUGGAAUGACAUCACCUGCUCUUCCUCCUUCACGGCCGUCUGUGAAUUCCCAGCCUGAAGAGGCGGGUUCCUCAGCCCCCUCCCGGGGGCCCUGCAGCGCUCUCUGCUGCUCCGAAAGAGAAUCCAAUGCCAGUAUUCCCACA